GGGGGCUUUCUUUCUCUCUCGCUCUCCAAAACCACGCUUCUCCCUCCUCGCUAUAUAUUGCCGCUACAUCUCCCACUCUCCACUCAUUCUCCAACAUCGCAAAUCACAACAUCUACUUCACAAUAAAAACACGUUUUCCUCACUCAAGUAAUGAGUUCAACGAGCAGAGCAUGGUUAGUGGCAGCCAGCAUCGGCACAGUCGAAGCGCUGAAAGAUCAGGGUAUCUGCCGAUGGAAUUACGCCUUGAGACUUGCGCAACAGCACGCCAAGAACAAUCUCAGGUCCUACACCACGCAGGGGCAGAAGCUGCGCGCACCUUCUUCUUCGGUGAUUUCUAGUAAGAUAUCGAGGGAAGAAGAACUGAAGAGAUCUGAGGAGUCGCUUAGAAAAGUCAUGUAUUUGAGCUGCUGGGGUCCCAAUUGAGCCCUAAUUCUUCUUUUUUUGCAAGUUUUGGUGGUUGUGUAUGUAAUGUGUAUAGAUUGAUAUUUAUGCAAGGAGAUGAAUGAAAAUCACUUCUUCUUCCACUUAA